GUCCCAACAGGUGAUGGUAGACACAGAAUCCACUGGGCUCUGGUCUCAGCCCUGUCACAGACUGUCACAGACAUUCUUUCAUAAAAAUCCUUUCUUUCUGGAGUUUUCCUCUUCUGGGAAGCUGAGGCCCCAGAAAGAGAAUGUAAACAAUAAUUAUCUGCUGAUGUGUAAUGCAAUAGGUGCACCUGUGAUUGGCUCAUGUUCCAUGUGUACAAUUAAGGGCCAAUCACAGGACCAAGCUCAGGGACAGAUUCACAGAGAGCUCUCUUGUUUUUAGAUUCUUAUUCUAUUCUUAGCUUAGCAGCUUCUGAACUUUUCUCUGUAUUCCUUCUAGUAUAGUCAUAAUGUAUUAUAUAUCAUAAAAUAAUAAAUCCAGCCUUCUGAUCAUGAGACCAAGAUUCUCGUCUCUCUCUCUCACCCUGAGGAACCCUUGCAAAGCCAUGUAACACUGUGAUCUCAUAAUUCCAUGAGUUUCAAACCUUGAACUUGAUGGUCUUGGAGGUUUUCCCCAACCUCAGCUAUUCCAUAACUCCAUGACCCAAUCGUUCCCAAAUCCCAGGAUUUUCAGAGGUCAAACUUGAUGUUCUUGGAGCUCUUUCCCAAUCUCAGCCAUUCCACAACUCCAUGGCUCUGUGAACCCAUAAUUCCAUUAUUCUCAAACCUUGAACUUGAUAUUCUUGGAGCUCUUUCCCAAUCUCACUCAUUCCAUAACUCCAUGAUCCCAUAACUCUAAACUCCCAGGAUUUUCAGAGUUCAAACUUGAUGUUCUUGGAGACCUUUCCCAACUUGAGUCAUUCCACAAUUCCAUGACUCCAUGAUCCCAUAAUUUCAUGAUUUUCAAACCUUGAACUUGAUGGUCUUGGAGGUUUUCCCCAACCUCAGCCAUUCCAUAACUCCAUGACCCCAUGAUCUUCAGAUGUCAAACCUGAUGGUGUUGGAGACCUUUCCCAACCUGAGUAACUCCAUAAUUCCAUUAUUUGAUUCCACAAUUCCAUGACUCCAUGAUCCCAUAAUUCCCUGAUUUUCAAACCUUCAAUUUGAUGGUCUUGGAGAUCUUUCCCAACCUGAGUCAUUCCACAAUUCCAUGACUCCAUAACUCCAAAAUCCCAGGAUCUUCAGAGGUCAAACUUGAUGUUCUUGGAGCUCUUUAUCAACCUCAGUCAUUCCACAGUUCCAUGGCUCUGUGAUCCCAUAAUUCCAUGAUUCUCAAACCUUGAACUUGAUGGGUUUGGAGAUCUUUCCCAACCUGAGUCAUUCCAUAACUCCAUGAUCCCAUCACUCCAAAAUCCCAGGAUUUUCAGAGGUUGAGCUUGAUGUUCUUGGAGCUCUUUCCCAACCUCAGCCACUCCAUAUUUCCACAAUUUGAUUCCACAAUUCCAUGACCCCAUCCCAUAAUUCCAUGAUUCUCAAACCAUGACCUUGAUGGUCCUGGAGACCUUUCCUGACCUAAGUGAUUCCAUGAUUCCAUGACCUCGUAACUCUAAACUCCCAGGAUUUUCAGAGGUUGAACUCGAUGUUCUAGGAGCUCUUUCUCAACCUCACCCAUCCCACAAUUCCAUGGCUCUGUGAUCCCCUAAUUCCAUGAUUCUCAAACCUUGAACUUGAUGGUCUUGGAGAUCUUUCCUGACCUGAGUCAUUCCCUGAUUCCAUGACCCCAUUACUCCAAAAUCCCAAGAUUUUCAGAGGUCACACUCAAUGUUCUUGGAGCUCUUUCCCAACUUCAAUCAUUCCAUAACUCCAUGAUCCCAUAACUCCAAAAUCCCAGGAUUUUCAGAGGUCAAACUUGAUGCUCUUGGAGAUCUUUCCCCACAUUCUCCCUGUGAAUCCCAACCAAUCCUCACCUCUCCCUUUUCCCUCCCUCCAGUGACCUGCAGGCUCCGUUGGAAAGCUUGGAAUUGGCCUUCUGCUCCCUCGUUCCCGCCGACCUCCUCUUCCUCUGCCAAAGAGUCUCUCCAUGACUCCAGAACUCUGGGAUCCCAGCAUCCCAUGAUCCUACAUUCCACAAUUCCAUGAAUUAUGAUUCCAGAACUCCAUGAUCCCACAUUCCAUAAUUUCAUGAUUUUCAAUCCUUGAACUUGAUAAUCUUGGAGAUUUUCCCCAACCUCAUCCAUUCCAUAAUUCCAUGAUUCCAUGACCCCGCUACUCCAUAAGCCCACCAUCUCAUGGAUCCAUAAUUCCAUAACUCCAUGAUCCCAUCAUACCAAAAUCGCAGGAUUUUCAGAGGUCAAACUCAAUGUUCUUGAAGACCUUUCCCAACCUCACCUAUCUCACAAUCCCACAAUCUCAUCAUUCCAAAAACACCAGGAUUUUUAGAGGUCAGACUUGAUGGUCUUGGAACUCUUUCCCAACCUCACCCAUCCCGCAAUCCCAUGAUCCCAUCAUUCCAAAAUCCCAGGAUUUUCAGAGGUCAAACUCAAUGUUUUUGGAGAUCUUUCCCAACCACAGUCAUUCCAUAACUCCACUACAUGACUUCACAAUUCCAUCAUUCUCAAACCUUGACCUUGAUGGUCUUGGGAGCUCUUUCCCAAGACAGAGAUGGACGCAAUCCCAGCUCUCAUUGCCCACAAAUCCCAACCAAUCUUCACCUCUCCCUUUUCCCUCCCUCCAGCGACUUCCAGUCUCCAUUGGAAAGCUUGGAAUUGGCCUUCUGCUCCCUCGUUCCCGCCGACCUCACCUUCCUCUCCCAAAGCUUCCACGCUCGCCUCAAGUGCUUGGACCUGAGCGGCCAUGACUUCUCCCAGGGGCCCCUGGAGCCUCUGCGGCUGCUCCUGGAGGAAACCUCAGCCUCGCUGCUGCACCUGGAUCUCAUAGAAUGCUGCAUGGCCGACUCCCAUCUGGAUGCGCUGCUGCCGCCGCUGCGCCACUGCUCGCGCCUGUGUUUCCUGGGAGUCUACGGCAAUCCCCUGUCCACAGCCACGCUCAAGGAUCUGCUCCAGAAAACCUUGGAGCUGCGUGACCUCCACCUGGUCGUCUAUGCCUUCCCCGUGGACUGCUGCAAGCCGGAGCCGCCGCCGCUGGAAUCCGCCUGGAAUUUUGAGGAACCGGUGGACGAGGAACUUUUGGCGGCAGCCGACGUUGAGUUUUGCUGAAUGUUGGCGAAUUACAGGAGUGACCUCGUGUGGACUUCCAACCCCUACAGACACGGAACCUUGGACUUCUUCUCCUUGUGAUUUGGGAAAAGCUCGGAGCCUCCAUGGUGGAAAAGCUCCAACACCUUAAUUCCAAAUUCUUCAUCCCAAAAUCCAAAUCCUUCAUCCCAAAGUCCAAAUCCUUCAUCCCAAAAUUCCGCCUCAUCCCGUUUUUUUUCCUUUAUUUUGGUGCUUUUCUGUCUGGUUUUUAUAUUUUUUCACCCCAUCCUGGUGUUUUGUGUUUUAUUUUAGGGUUUUCCCCCUCAUCCCGAUGUUUUUCCAUCCAAUUUUCGUGUUUUCCCACCCCAAUCCCAAAGUUUUUAAUUCGUAUGGGACAUUAUUUAAGUAUGAAAUAAAUAUUAAUUAAUUAUUUAG